AUGGCGGGGCACUCGAAUGACCCGAGCAGGUCGGCCGGUGGGGAGGAGGGUUCUGUGCAGGUCAGACGCAGCGACAACAACGGCAAUAACAACACUGGCGGAUGCAACACCGAUGGGCACAGUCAGAGCAACCGUCAGGGUGAUUGCGGCGCAGAGAGGGCACCCCCGAGCGGCAUACUGAAGAAACAGAGCAAAGGACAAGCUAAGACAGUUCAGCUAAAUACCAGUCCAGGGGGAAAUCCCCACCACAUGGAAGGGAACAGAAUAACCGCUCAAGGUAUAUACGAAAGGGAAGAAGAAAAUAUUUACAAAAGUGUGUACGAAGUGACCCCGAAUGCGGAGCCCAACUUUUUUAAUUGCGACACUGUUCCGUGGAUAUCUUCCUUUUUUUCUCUGAAAGAGGAAGAUUUCACUAUUUUUGGAAACACGUUGAAGAAGAGAAAUAUUUUUAAGCGAUGCUUCCAACGUAUUCACAAGAACAGGAGGAGGAGGUGCAUGUCUUUUAACCCCUAUAGAGUACCACUAACAUGUAAGAAAGUAACCCUUGAAGAAAUGUUAAUCUCUGAACCAAAAAUGAAGAAGAAAAAAAAACAAAAAAAAAAAAAAAAAAAUCCAAUGCUGCAUUAUAAACAUUUCUAUAAGAGGUUUAUCCUCAGAGGAAAAAAAAAAAAAUGGCUGGAAACACACUCAUAUCAUUCUAGGAGGUUUCAUAUGGCAAAUAUUUAUGGUUAUAAACUUCCUUUAAAAAAUUGCAGUAAAAUUAGCAGGAGGAUUUUCAGGUAUAGUAAGAGGAAAUCACUAAUCCACGACAUGUCCUAUGUGGAGAUUAUUCAAUUGACUGGUGAGGAGAAAGCCAUAGUGGACAUGCUAAAGGCGUGCACAAAUGUGGAACAGGCAAACAUGCUGAGGAGGAAAUACCUGCUGGGUUUUCUCCUAGGAAAAAUGUUUAUCUAUCAGCCCGAUGAUGACACAGUAACGAGGAAGGAGGACAACUUUUUUAACGCGAAAAAUGGACUCGUCUGUCCGGCCCACUUCCUAUGGCGCGCCCACAUAAAUGCAGACAUGUACUUGAAGAAGAAAAAAAAAAAAAAAAAAAAAAAUAUUAAAUUAAAUGUUAGCAUUGGUCAGGAGAAAAGUGAAUCCCCCGAGGAAGACAAGAAACAAAAUGGCAACAACAAACUGGAGAGUCGGGAGAGAGACUUGUGGAUAUUCGUGCACCCCCUGUGCUUGCAACAGGUUAUGGAAAUUCUUCAAAAUAUUAACGGAGCAGUUAAAAUAAAACACGUGAAAGAUAUAUGCAUGUACGAAUUAAUUGGUCCAGAGAGCUUCCCCUUGCUUUUGAAUAUUUUAAAAAUAAAAAGUAAGUACACUGUGCGGGACGAGCGAGACCUUUAUCGCUUCGAUUAUGAGAAUGUCACAUUGCCGUACGAUUUUGUCAUUCCGCUGUAUGCCCUCUUGCCAAAGGCGGUCGGCCCGUUCUUGCUUAACUAUAAGGUUAGUGACUGCGCGGUGAAAAAAUGGCGCGGUGGGAAAAGCCUAGACGGGAAGGAAGGGGAUGCCCCAAAUGUCAAGGCCGGUGAUUCCCAUUCUCAAGGGUCAAAAGGAAACAACAACGGCAAGGACAACGACAGUGAUAAUGACAAUGAUAAGGAGAACGACAUCGACCUGGUCGAAAACGCCCUAGACUAUUUAAGAACAAAAAACGGAAAUCCAACGUUAAAAGCGAGCAGUUUCAGCCCCUACGACAAUAACAUACUGAUGAACGAAAGGAUCAAACAGAACGUGAUAAAAAAUAUAAGAGUAAACAAGUACGAGCAUGUCCGCAGCGGAAAAAAGAAAAAGGUGAAAACAAGUAUAUUGAAAAUGCUCCGAAAUAAUAAAAAUAUUGAGAGUUAUGAUAUCCUUCGGGAGAAGCGAAUGUCAGGCGUAGCGCUCGGGGACUUGUUCCGUUUGGACGGGGACGCCCCCGCCCCGCAGACGAGGAGGAAGAAAAGGCGCUGGCAAUCAUCGCAGUCGCAACCGCAAUUGCAGCCACAGGAAGGGCAAGGACAGCCCCCCGGGGAAAAAUCCACGAACGACGAAAAGGUAAUACAAAGCUACAUAGAAGAUUUCUUGUACAAAUCGAAAGACGAAAGAAAAAAUGGAGAAGAGAUCGACAAAACAACAGGCGACAAGGAGACAAAUGCAAUUUACGCAGAACUGAAAAAAAACAAACUUACCAUAUCGCAAAAUUCUAAAAAGUACAUUAAGAUUCCCAUCCUUGUCAUCAACCAAACGUGUAACAGUAAUCAGAGGUACUUAAUUCUCUCCCCAGCAAGGAAAAAAAGUUCAGUGUUGUUCCAGCUCCUCGUGCGUAAUGGAUGUAUAGCCAUCGGCCUAAAAGAAAGGGAAAAGAUACUCAAGUGUUCAGACUUCCUAUGUUAUCCAAAAGAUUUUCCUGAUUCGCAUGGUGGUAUUUUAUAUAACAAAUUCAGAGAAGAGCUAGCCAGAAAUAAAUAUUUUAAGAAGCCACUAAGGAAGAGAAUUAAUUAUUAUUGUCUCGGUAUAAACAGCCCCUUUAAUUAUUCUUGGCUAUGCAUUUUCCCCUACAACAACCACAUAAAAAUUAUAAGGGCCAGUGACUGGUACAAUCAAUUUCUGUUGAAGACCUUCCUGCACCGCUUUUUAUCCAUUUCCUUAAAACGAUUAUGUGUCUUGGACACCGUGGACGGUUUCUACAACUUCAUUGAUGAGUUCAAGGCCAAGUUUUCCGUUUUUUCAACCUACUUCAUUUCUGUGUAUGUUCAUGCCUACAAGGAGGGCACGCCACAACGCCUCUCGCAUGUUUGUUCUCUCACGAUGGAACAGUUGGUGAAAUUUUUUAUGAAACACGGGGACACGAACAAAAUGACCGAGUGGUUGCUACACCGAAGAAGAACAGUCAACAGGGGAAGGAACAGCAACAAGGUACAGAAGCUGAAAGAGCCAAUUAACCGCAGAUACAAAAGCAAAGCCAUGAAGAGGAAUGCACCCCCUGCCUCAGCAAAAACAGAAUCCCAGAUAUAUCACUUAGACGAAGAGUCAGACGCCAACCGUGGCGAAAAACACAAAGACGAUGAAAUAAUUUUGGCCUCCAGGAAGAUAAUUGGCUACGUGUCCAGUGGGGGACACGUCCUUUCGAAGGGCCGCGGAUGCGGAGUUGCCCAUAUCUCCUUCUUCUUCCUUCUGGAGAAUUUACUCAAUCACGCAUUUGUCCUACGCCUGCUUGCAUCGGACCAAAUCAGGAUAAACACCCAGGGAAGGGAGUUUCCCUUCCUCGCGCUCAUCAGGAAUAUCGACUCUGUGUACUACUCACACGUUUGGCUAGCUCUCAUAACGGAAGAUAAAUAUUUACCUUUUUAA